AUGAAAUUUCGAGAGUUCAAUGUGGUGUCUGUUGGUCUAGAAAACAGUGUAGAUUCCAGUUUUCCAAAUGUGGAGAUGUUCGUGAAGUGGAGUGACUGGAGCUGUUGUUCGGCGUGUUGUUGUCCGAGAGCUGUCUGUAAACAGUUUGAGACAAGCGGGGAUAAGUGCAAAUCCGUGAAAUCCUACCAAAACCGCCGUGGAGAGUUCAUGAUUCGUCGGACAGAUGCCACUGGAAACGAUUACCUGGAAGCUCUAUUCAACAAACAUCACGUCGUCAAGCUAUCCAUGGCACUGAAAAUCCCAGAAUUCCAGCAGAAUCUUGAAAAUUCUCGUAUCUCUUUGAACAGAAAAUUGAAAGUUCCAUCUGACACUUUGGCGGUUUUUCAAACAAAAGAUUGCAAGGAUCACAUCCAGAAAACGGAUUGUUGGGAGCUGGCAAAGUGUUUGUAUAACUCGACAGAUAUGCUUCCCGAAAAAGAAGUCGCAAAGAUCGAAGAACGAGAUGUCUGUGAGAACGCGUCGAUAUUUGUGCUUCGUGACGCCUACAAUAUCUUGAGUUUAAUGCCAGAGAAGCUAUACCGAUUACAAAUUGAUAGAAAGAUUGGCGCUGGAAAUAUUGUCAAAGUGAACUUCACUCUAGACGGGGAAGGAGUAGAGAAGCUGGGUCAUAUUAAAGAUUGUGCACAUCAGCCGAAACGAGUGUUUCAACACCCAAAUGGAGAAGACCUAAUAGUGCGUCUGUCGGAGGAGCAGCUAUCUAAAAACCCAAAGAUCAUUGCCGUUAUCAGUUACCAGAGUCCGGCACGACUGGAAGUUAUGGUCGAUAUGGUGUUGAAGACGAAGAGAAACAGACAUAAACAAUCUUAUGAUGCGAUUAUUAUUGGUGGAGGACAUAAUGGUUUGACGGCGGCCGCGUAUCUCGCAAAAGCUGGCAAAAAAGUAUGCGUUCUGGAACGUCGUCAUGUACUCGGUGGAGCCGCUGUCACAGAGGAAAUCGUCCCUGGAUUCAGAUUCUCCAGAGCCUCAUAUCUUCUCAGUCUUCUCCGACCUGUAGUCAUGCAAGAACUGAAUCUCAAGAAAUUCGGACUUCGUUAUCAUAUCAGAAAUCCCAAUUCCUUCACACCAAUCCGUGAUACUCAUGGAAGUUUGACACUUGGAAUGGAUAUGGCAGAGAAUCAGAGAGAAAUUUCCAAGUUUUCGAAGACAGACGCUGAAAACUACCCGAAAUAUGAGAAUUUUAUUUCGGAAAUCACGCAUUCCUUUGAGCAAUUGAUGGAUUACGAACCACUGGACUUACAGAAACCAAUUCAUAAACUGCUUCCACAUCUAUACUUAUUAUUCAAGACAGUUCAGCCACUGGGUCUGAAAAAUGCAGUCGACUUCUACGAGUUGAUGACAGCUCCAAUCUCAAAAAUAAUGAACAAGUGGUUCGAGAGCGAUGUAUUGAAAGCAACACUUGGAACAGAUGGUGUCAUCGGACUGGCAGCAAGUCCAAUGGAUCCAGGAACUGGAUAUGUACUUCUUCACCACGUCAUUGGAGGGCUCGAUGAACAUAAAGGUGCGUGGGGAUAUGUUUUCGGAGGAAUGGGUGCAGUAUCCAAUGCAAUCGCUGAGUGUGCCAAGACUCAUGGAGCAGAAAUUUACACGGAACAAGAAGUUCAAGAAGUUCUACUUGAUGGAAAUGUAGCCAAAGGAGUUCGUCUUACGAAUGGAAAAGAGAUUCACUCGAAGAUCGUAAUGUCGAAUGCAACUCCACAUGUCACAUUCAACAAUUUAGUGAAGAAGGAGUCACUUCCAGCAGAUUUCUAUAGAAGUAUUAGUCAAAUUGAUUACACUUCUCCAGUUACAAAAAUCAAUGUAGCAGUGAAGGAGUUGCCGAACUUCUUGGCUAAGCCUAAUCAUGGAACGGAACCAAUGCCACAUCAUCAGACUACGAUUCAUAUGAAUUGUGAGAAUAUGCAAGUGGUGCAUGACGCUGUGAUGGAUUAUAAGAAUGGAAGAUAUAGUAGAAGACCAGUCAUCGAAAUGACGAUCCCCUCAUCAGUCGACCGCACUAUCGUUGAUAGUUCCGACGGACACGUCGUCCUUCUCUUCACCCAAUACACUCCAUUCUCACCUAAAGAUCACGAAUGGACAGAAGAGAAGAAGACAGAAUACGCGAAGCACGUCUUCUCGGAAAUCGAUGCGUACGCACCGAACUUCUCGUCAAGUGUCAUUGGUUAUGAUAUUUUGACGCCACCGGAUAUUCAGAACACUUUUGGAAUUACUGGAGGAAACAUUUUCCAUGGAUCCAUGAGUCUUGACCAACUCUAUCUGUCCCGUCCAGUAAGCAAAUGGGCCAACUACUCGACCCCAAUCGAGUCCUUGUACCUCUGUGGAAGUGGUGCUCAUCCAGGAGGAGGUGUCACUGGAGCGCCCGGUCGUUUGAGUGCACUUCAUGCUCUGAAACACAUUUAG